UCCAUAGCUAGCACCAAACAGGUUGAACCCGCACCCAAACCUCUACUCUUUCACCAAGUCCAUAUCUCCACUCCCUUAAACCCCUCAAGUCCAAAACCUCGUCUCCUCCACUGUCUCCGCUCCACGCCCUCUUCAUUCUUAAACAGAAAGACCCAACUUUCUUAUUUGAUUUUGUUAGCUUUUUUUCGAAGGGAUUGAGGAUUUUUGUUUGCAAAUGUUUGCUGCUAGGAACCUUCAAAGGAGUUGCUUUAAGACACUCUAUUCUCUCCUUCAAUCCAGUCCCAAAAGUAAUAUUGUGUUAUUCAAGGAUGUUGCUCCAAAACUUGCUUGUUCAAAUGAUAUUCAACCAAGCUUUUCACCGUUGAAUUAUCCCCACAAUGGAUGGUGCCGUUCAAUGUCUACUUCAAAAGGGAGGAGCAUGAGGAGCAAGGUCGAAAGGCGGAUGCGUAAAGAGUCUGGUAAAACACUCAGAGAGAUUCGGAGAGCGAAGAAAUUGAAGAAGAAAUUGAUGACUGAUGAGGAGAGGCUCAUUUACAACCUCAAAAGAGCUAAGAAGAAAGUUGCAUUGCUCCUACAGAAGCUAAAAAAAUAUGAUCUACCUGAGUUGCCAUCCCCAUUGCAUGAUCCUGAGCUCCUGACACCUGAGCAGCUUCAAGCAUAUAAGAAGAUCGGUUUCAGAAAUAAAAAUUAUGUUCCUGUUGGUGUCCGUGGAGUCUUUGGAGGAGUUGUCCAAAAUAUGCAUAUGCAUUGGAAGUUUCAUGAGACUGUGCAAGUAAGCUGUGACAACUUUCCCAAAGAAAAAAUCAAGGAGAUGGCUACCAUGAUAGCAAGACUAAGUGGAGGUAUUGUGGUAAAUGUUCAUAACGUGAAGACAAUUAUCAUGUUCAGAGGCAGAAACUAUCGCCAACCAAAAGAUUUGAUCCCUCUUAACACUCUUACAAAAAGGAAGGCACUGUUUAAGGCUAGGUUUGAGCAAGCUCUUGAAUCUCAGAAGCUAAACAUCAAGCAAAUUGAACAGCAGCUCCGGCGAAUGGGGGUAAACCCUGAGGAUCCAGUUGCCAUGGCCAGCAUUCAGAGAGUAGCUUCCACAUUCUUCAAUGCUAUUGACAAGAAGGAAGGAAGCCCUUAUGUCUUUCAUGGUGACAAAGGGUCAAUGGUGGAGCCCCAUGAUCAUUUAGAACAUUUGGAACCCCCUGCUGACGAGAGUGAUCAAGAGGAGCUUGAUAGGUUUAUUGCUGAGAUAGAGGAUGCAGCAGAUCAAGAGUGGGCUGCAGAAGAAGCUGCAGAGAAAGAAGAAUUUGGUAGGAUUAGAUACUGGAACAGGGAAGAUUAUGGUGGGCGGAUUAGGAGCCCAGAAAUACAUAGAAGUGAAGUUUCCGAUGGUGAGGCAAGAGGAGCCAGGCAUUGGAGAGAUGCACGUGACAAACGGAUGAGUUUUAAUCGAGAUGAUGAUAGUGAUGUUUCUGAGGGUGAUAAUGAGUGGAAUGUUAGAGAUAAUAGUGAUCAUGAGAGUGAUUUUUAUGCAGAUCGCAGAUCUAGAGGGCUGCGGAGGAAGCAAGAUGGGAUUGGAAGGGAAUAUAAUUCUCAUGAUAUCAAAAGGAAAUUUGAACCUGAAUUCAAAGAAAAGAUGGCUGAAGAAGAUUCUGAAUCAGAAGAAAUGUUAAGUGAUCUUGACAAUGCAAUGUGGCAAUCAGAUGCUGAGGAAGAACAUGUCUCAAGAACAUCAAGAGCGGAAGCAAGUCCCAUCUUUAAAAGCAGCAGUGAUGAUGAGGAGGAUACAUAUCCCUUGAAGAGAAAUGAGAUCACCAGGGUAACUGAUCCGCAGAGUGAUGCCUAUGACAGUGAUGAAGCGCGUGACGAGUUUAAAAUAUCAAGAAGUUUGAAGCAGAAGAAUGGAGUUGGUUCUUUCAAGAGAAAUGCUGAAGCAAAUUCCAGAAGAAAGACGUUCCAGGAAGAUUCUGGGUCAGAUAUGUAUAAUGAUUCAAAACAUGCGAUGUGGGAGUCAGAUGAUGAGGUAGACAUAUUAAGAGCAGGUAGUGAAAAGGAUUAUAAUUACAGGGACAGUGGUGAAAGUGAAGAUCACCUCCAGAAGCAACGGGAGAAGCAUGAAGCAAAUGGUAAGAAGGUGAUAUCACGAAAAGAGGUGGAUGAGACUUGGGACAGUGAUUAGUUCAGUGCUUAGAGCAGUGUUCUUUUUUCAUAUUUUACAGACAGGGUAUCGCCAACAGAAACCAAUCUAUGACCACUGCAAGCAGGGUCUACGAGACCUAGAAAGCAGUCGACAGCCAAGACACUUCGGGGGAUACGGAUUGUUCAUUUGAUGGAAUUGAAUCCUUGCUCCUUUUCGGAAGGCCACCAGCAUAUACAUCAUGCAGCGUUCUGAGAAACAAUUUUGUUUUUGAAUAAUCAAAACAAGCAAUGAUAUUAUUUGACAUUCUGCA